CCUUAACCCCAGCAUAGACUGCGAUCGUAUCAACGUUCGAGUGAGCAUAUAUUUCAUCUUUCUAACUUAUUUAGUUUUUGAGAUAUUAAAUCAAAUCCUUGUCCUAUUGUACUUUCCCUCCCAUGCUCUCGAUUCCAAAUCCGCUGGUACCUGUCACUUGGUUCCCCUGCCCCACUCUGGUCAUUCUGUUCGUGGACACACAGGUUGGAAGUCACGUUGCAUUCUCUGAAGGCGAAGCCCUCAUACAGGGCUUCGUCGAUCGUAUAUGCCGAAAGCCGGAGGUCGUCACCCCGUGUGCAUGGGUGUAUGUGCCGCCAAAAGGGCACUUCAAGAUGGUCCCGCUGUGUUGCCUCAUGGACCCAUCGGGACGCCCACUCUAGCGGGGCCUCACCCUGGCGCUGAGAAUCCAUCUGCCAGUUUGAUGAGUCAAGUGGUCAUGCAAUGGUGCCUGGGGCGUUCGGAGCCAUUCGGUUG